AUGGACGGUAAUGAGGGUUUUCCCGCUUAUUGCCCCUCAUGUGAGCAAGUUAAGGACGUACUCGUCCUACUUGCUGGGCUUGCAAGUUCUGUCUCUAUCAUCUUCCUGCUAGUCGUCACUUUUUCUCCCUCUAAUCUCAAGUUCCACAUAACUGAUGCUUCUCUUACAAUGUUCAACCUCACUGGCAACAACACUUUGGAUUACAAGUUAGAAGCCAACAUCACAUCAAGAAAUCCCAACAAGAACGUUGAAAUAUACUACAGGAAGCUCGCCGCAGUUGCAUGGUACAAAGACAAUGAGUUUGCUAGAGUGAAUCUGCCACCUUUUGAUCAAGGCCACAAGAAUACCACUUUUCUGCAUGUAGCGUUUGAAGGGAAGGGUUUGAUCAAACUCAAACCUAAACAACUUUUCGAGUAUAACGAAGAGUCCCGUGUAGGGAUCUUUAAUGACUUGGCUGUUGAUUUGGAUCUUUUAGUCAGGUAUAAGUUUCAAAGUCACAGGACUACGGCCUACUAUCCACCAAUCGUGAAAUGUCGUCGAUUGAGUCUUUUAUUGAAUUCUAAUGGUAACUCAUCAUCACCACCUUCUUUUCAUGUUACAAGAUGCAGAUCUGGAUUUUUCUUUGCUAAUCGUGCAUAA